AUGGGUUACGCAUCAAGCGGCACGGGGCGGGCGGCGCAUGAAGCGCUGCUGGCGAGGCAGGACGCCGAGCUUCGCCUUAUGGAGGCAAUGAAAAGGAGCCUCCAGGCUAAGAUGAAGAGCGACCGAGAAUACGCCCUCGCCCUCUCGGCAGCUGCCGCCCAAGGCCAGAAGAUGGACAAAUGCGAGGAUCUCAAUGGCUCCCUUAUAGCGUCCGCCUGGCGCACUAUGACCGAAGAGUGGGAAAGCACCAGUCGGCUGAUAAGGGCCAAUGCCGAGGCCCUCGAAUCCAGGGCCCUAGAUCGCCUCAUUACUCUUAUGUCAGAGCGGAGGAAAACCAGAAAAGUGUACCAAGAGGAUCAUACUAAAAUCUCUUCCCAGUUCACACAGUUAACUGAAGAAGUGCAGAGGAAACAGAGCGAAUAUCAAAAGUGCCUAGAGUCCUAUAAACAGAUGAGGGCUAAGUUUGAAGAGAACUACCUUAAAUGUAAGUGUCCGACGAGCCGGGGCGGGCGGAAGCUGGACGAGACGCGAGACAAGUACAGCAAGGCGUGCCGGCGUCUGCAUCGGGCGCACAAUGAGUACGUGCUCCUGUUGGCAGAGGCCACUGAGUGCGAGAGAGCGCUCCGCACCGCCGCCCUCCCCUCUUUGCUGGACCAGCAAAGGCGGCAAGGGGAGGCGACAGCCGCCUCGUGGAAGGCGAUACUCCUUGAGGUGGUGCAACGGUCGGACUUCAGCACGGACAAGUUCAGGGAGAUCCAGAGCAAAGUUGAGUCCACCGUACAGAAUCUCAAGCCGCAGGACGAGUACAAAGAGUUCAUGGAGAAAUACAAAUCACCCCCGUCCACUCCGAUAACGUUCACAUUCGACGAGAGCCUGGUAGAGGACACCAGCGGCAAGCUGCAGCCGAACCAGCUGACGGUGGACAACCUCACGGUGGAGUGGCUUAAGGAGAAGCUCACCGAGCUGGAAUCCUCGCUGCAGGACAACAGGGAGAAGCAGACCGCACUGCACGGCCCCGAGAUUAUAGGCAAUGGCGUCUGCAAGAACAAUAAUGGCGGCGUCACCAACGGUGUGAACGGUAUUGACAGGCACUCGCCGCCGCCAAUUCCGGUGACGUCAUCGGAGCCAACGAAGCUUCUCGAACUGAGGGUGGUGGAGCGCAAGUGCGCGCGGCAGGCCGAGCUCAUACGCACAGCCCUAGCGGAGCUUGGCUGCGAAGAGGCGCCAAGCGGUUGCCCUGACCUCUCGGCCGAGACGGUGGGCGGCGACAGCCUUGACGGCAGCUCGCCAGACCAUCAGGGCUGUGCUCCAUCAGGCGCGAAAGAAUACAGCGUUCGAAAAUUGAACCGUCAGGACCGCUCGUCGCUGGGCUCUAAAGCGUCGGUGGACGCGUUGCGGUUGCACCUGCACUCGAUAAUACCGCCGAGGCCCUUCUUCAGAAUGUUCACGAGGCCCUUUAGGCGCAAAUCGGUGCCCUCGAGCCCGGCGCUGCCGCCGAAGACGUACCGCAGCAGCAGCGAGGGGCCCGCCGACACGGUAACCCUAGCAGGGGCCCUCCGCGCCAAACGCGCGCGGGCCCUCAAGAAGCGCUUGCGCAAACGCGUCGAUGUGUAUGUGCGCUGUCGCCAAGGCCACAGCGGGCCGAAGAGGCGGCGCAAGCGCGUGUGUAGUUGCCCUAACAGUGUGGUGAGUGACACUAACGCCGCACGAUGCAUGAGCCUACCCACAGACGCCAGUACGGACGCGCGCAGUUCUAAUUUUAAAACACCGUGCAUCCUACCGGAGCGAAGCACGCGCCGGAACAAGCUU